AUGGCGGUACACGUACCCUUUAUAAUCGUUGGGAUUUUGGUGUGCCUCGGUCAGAUUCAGGGAGAUGAUUCUUUAGUUGAUUAUCUAGAUGCCAUUCAACCAGGCUCGCUAAAUACAUGUUGUUCAGUUGACGACUCCCCUAAAAGGGUUUCAUAUUAUAUCACGGAGAAAUCUGGCACAAAAUCAGUCACGGUUACAAUCAAUCAAUACAAAAAAUGUGGAGCCAGAAACCGGGGGACUUGCUUUGUCUAUGCAAAUGGAUAUAGGCAAGUAAACACGUACAGACAGAAGUUGGCGUAUAGGAUGGAAGCACGACCCUGUCCCAAAAAUAGAAUAAUUUGUUGCAAAGGAUAUGUCAACAUCAGGGGCUCAUGCAAAAGUAAGGAAAAUACUUGCUGCAAAGUUCCCUUAUCUAAGACCGUCACAUACUACACCUCUGUUAAAAGCGGAACAAAAAGUAUUUCUUUCAGUUCAACUACAUAUAAGACAUGUGGGGCCAGAAACCGUGGAAGAUGUUCGGAAUAUUCAGUAGCAUACAGGACGCACGAUGUCUACAAACAGCAAGUUAACUACAGGACACAACCUGUGACUUGCCCAGCCGACAAAGUGACUUGCUGUAGCGGGUUUGUUGCAGUCCAUGGACAUUGUGUCGAUACUAGAUUUGUUACUUCAAACCAAGAACUGCUUAGGAACUUGGGAUCAACUGUUGAUGUUGGAAAAAGCAAAAACCUUUGCUGCAACAUUACCCCACCAAAACCAGUGUUGCAGUUUUACUUCAAUGAAAUGGAAACGUACGUUGUGCAAGACGUUACCAUAUAUAAAAAAUGCGGGGCUAGAAACAGAGGAACUUGUAUGGAUCUUUCGAAAAAAGGUUAUAGGACAAAACAACGACAGAUACAAAAGAUCGGUUAUAAACUUGGCGCCACGCCCCUUUGCCCCGUGAAGAACACAGUUUGUUGUAAUGACUUUCUCUUUAUAAGAGGAUAUUGUCUAGACAAAUCAUUUACUGUGAACAACCUGGAGUUGCUAGAGAAGAUCAAAACAAGCACUUCAACCAGAAUUGUCGGCUAG